AUGAGAAGAAGGCACUGGUUGUUGAAGGAUGAGAAGAAGGCACUGGAUUGCGUUGAGCGUACAAGAGGAGAGAGGAGUAGUGUUGUUAACACAACUAUUCGUAACACAACUCCAAAUUCUAUAUUGGGUGAGCCAUAUGAGAGCAGAACUUCUGAACGACCUAAAUUUAAGGGAAAACAACAACUUGUAACAGGUAGUCCAAACUUACCGUCUUUCGGGAAGAUGAACAAUACUCCAAGAAGUAGUUUGAACAUGACGGUGGGAUCCGAUAAGUCUAUACCUCUUAGUGAUAUUACAAACUGCAGCCAGAUUAGGCAAAGGAAGAAAAUCAAAGGUGCAUUGGAAGUAACGGUUGCUUCCCGAUUAGAAAACAAUGUGAAUGUAUCUCCACGUAAUUAUAAUACUCAAUCAUAUUUCUUGGAAAAUUCUACAACAAAUAUUCCCCAAGAAUCAAAUACACAAGGUAUAAAUUGUCGAGAUUUAAGUCAAGAUUUUGAUGAAGUUAUCAAAAACGAAGUUCAAUAUGCUGAUUGUGGAGAUCCAUCAUAUAGUUGUGAGCAUUGUUCUGCAACGUUUUGUUUGUUACCCACCGAGGGUAACCAACCAAAAUUUGCUCAAUUGUACAUACACGACACAGAUAAUGAAAUUAAUAACCGUAUUGGUUCUGUGAGGAAGAAUAAUGACAAAGAUAAUAUUCAUGUGGAUGUUGUCUCUGACAUUAAAAAAGUUCUUGACGAGAACAAUGUUUUAGUCCAAUCAUUCCGUAAUGCCAAGACACAUAUUGAAUCAAAUCCACGUGUAGAAAUCAAGAUGAGACUUAUUGGAAAAUGGAAUAAAGAUGCCAGAACAUAUAACUUGCCAACUGUGUCAGAAGUUGCUGCACUUAUUGUAGGAGACUUGGACCCAACGAUGGGUCAACGUGAUAUAUUGGUUGAGACUAGGUCUGGUCUAUUGAAAAGGAUAAGUGAAUUGCAUCCAUCAUACUUACCUUUACAAUAUCCACUAUUAUUUCCAUAUGGUGAAGACGGCUACAGAGAGGACAUCCAACGGUGUAAAGAAUCCAACACUCAAUCCAAUGGUAGGACCCACAUAGCGGCCAGGGAAUUCUUCUCCUUUCGCAUGCAUGAACGUCCUGGGGAGCUGUCGACGUUGCUAUUCCCCAAACGGUUAUUUCAGCAGUUCUUGGUAGACGCAUACACAAUGGUUGAAACUGGAAGGCUAAUAUACAUAAGGAACAAUCAAAAGUCGUUAAGAUGUGAAGCUUACAAAGGGUUGUCAGAUGCGCUAACCCGUGGUGAGAUUGAUCCAAGCACACAAGGCAAGCGUAUUAUUCUACCAUCAAGCUUCACAGGUGGUGCUAGGUAUAUGGUACAAAACUACCAGGAUGCUAUGACCAUAUGUCGGUGGACAGGUUAUCCAAAUCUAUUCAUCACAUUUACUUGCAAUCCUAAGUGGCCGGAAAUUGAACGGUACCUAACUCAACGUGGCCUGAAAGCUGAAGAUAGGCCCGACAUUGUUUGCCGAAUUUUUAAAAUGAAGUUGGAUGACCUAAUAAAGGAGUUGCGAUCAGGAGAAUUGUUUGGUGUAGUGAGAGCAGUAAUCUACACUAUUGAGUUCCAAAAGCGUGGUCUACCGCAUGCUCACAUUCUACUAUUCUUAGCAAAUAACGAUCGCAUUGCUGUGCCCAAAUUUAUUGACACCAUUAUAUCAACAGAGAUACCAAACAAAGAAGUUGAUCAACAAUACUACGAGAUUGUAGAUGAAUUUAUGGUCCAUGGUCCUUGUGGACAUGUAAGAAAGCAAUCUCCUUGUAUGGUUAAUGGAAGGUGUUCAAAGCAUUUCCCCAAAAAAUUUGUUGAUUCAUUGACUUUUGAUGAAGAUGGCUACCCAAUCUAUAGACGUAGAGAUGAUGGUAGGUUUGUAAUGAAGAAUGGUAUUCAAUUGGACAAUAGAUAUGUGGUACCACACAAUAGGUACUUGCUCCUUAAAUAUAGGGCUCAUAUAAAUGUGGAAUGGUGCAAUCAAUCAAGAUCAAUCAAAUACCUAUUCAAAUAUAUGAAUAAAGGGAAUGACAGGGUCACAGCUGAGUUUUAUAAAAGUACCUUUGACGUGCAUGACAAUGAGGUCAUUGAUGAGAUUAACAUGUACUAUGACUGCCGGUACAUAUCAGCUUGUGAGGCUACUUGGCGUCUAUUUAGUUUUGACGUGCAAUUCAGAACACCAGCUGUUGAGAGAUUGAGUUUUCACUUACCAGACUGUCAAACCGUGAUAUUCGAAGAUGACGACAAAGUUGACAACGUUUUGUUGAGAGAAACAAUCGGUCAGAGUAUGUUCAAUGGAUGGUUUGAAGCGAACAAACGAUUUCCUGAGGCAAAGUUAUUAACUUAUAUUGAGAUGCCGAAUAAGUUUGUUUGGAAAAAAGACAUUCGAGAAUGGAANUUUGCAAUAGGUCGUAUUUUCUAUGUACCACCGGGUACUGGAGAGUUGUAUUACUUGAGAUGUCUUCUAAACAUAGUCCGCCGGCCAACAAGUUUUGAGGAAAUUCAAUUCUUUAAUGGUAUUCAAUAUACCUCAUUUAGAGAUGCGUGUUAUGCCCGUGGUCUAUUGGAUGAUGAUAAGGAGUAUGUGGAUGCAAUUAAAGAAGCAAGUCAUUGGUCAUUUGCUCAUUCAAUGAGGAAACUUUUUGUGACAUUGUUGACAUCAAAUUCAUUUAAUAGGCCAGAAAUUGUUUGGAAGGAAGUUUUGGAUCACCUUGGUGAAGAUGUGCAAUACAAUCAGCGCAAACUUUUAUCAAUACCAGAUUUGGUUUUAACAAAUGAGGAGAAAGAGAAUUUGACUCUAAUAGAGGUAGAGAAGUUGUUACAAGUAUACAACAAAUCUUUAAAAGACUAUCCUCCAAUGCUGGUACCAAAUUCUUCUUCUAUAAGGCUAAAUGGAAAUCGUUUGUUGUUUGAAGAACUAUCAUAUGAUCGUGCAGUCUUAGCCGGUGAGAGUGAUAUGAUAGUUAACCAAUUGACGGAAGAACAAAGGGGUGUUUAUGAUACAAUAAUUGGAGAUGUGUCAUCCAACAACGGUGGGUUGUUUUUUGUUUAUGGAUACGGUGGAACAGGGAAGACAUUUCUAUGGAAGGCCUUAUCUUCAACAUUGAGGUCUGAAGGUGAGAUUGUUAUCAAUGUAGCUUCAAGUGGCAUUGCUUCGCUACUCUUGCCAGGUGGAAGAACUGCACACUCAAGGUUUGCUAUACCAAUUAAUGUUAAUGAGGACACCACGUGUAAUAUUAAACCAGGUAGCGACCUUGCUGAGUUGAUUGUGAAGACAAAGUUAAUCAUUUGGGAUGAAGCCCCCAUGAUGCACAAACACUGCUUCGAAGCACUAGAUAGAACUAUGCGAGACUUGCUCCGCUUUUCUAAUCCUGCGAGUGAGAUGUCUACAUUUGGUGGUAAGACUGUAGUUCUAGGAGCUGCUAUAGGGGAUGGUACAACAGGUUCAUUGACAGAAGAUUGUCCAGAGAUUGACAUUCCAGACGAGAUGUUAUUGUUAUCAAAUGGCGACCCAAUCGCAACAAUCGUUGAAAGUACAUUUCCUAUGUUUCAGAAUGGUUCGUGUGAUAAUAGUUUUCUAGAAAGUAGGGCAAUUCUUGCUCCAACAUUGGAUGUGGUGAAUGCAGUUAAUGAUUACACGAGUAGCAUGCACGAAGCUGAGAGCAGAACAUAUCUUAGUUGUGAUUCUGUCUGUCAAACUGACAAUGAUAAUGGAGUACUGGCAGACGUUCACACACCUGAGUUCCUUAAUGGUCUUAAGGCAUCAGGUAUACCAAACCAUUCGUUGACUUUGAAAGUUGGUUCACCUGUUAUGCUGUUAAGAAACAUUGAUCACUCGCUCGGCUUAUGUAAUGGUACUAGAUUGGUAGUAACCAGACUUUCAGAACAUGUAAUAGAGGCUAAGAUAAUGACAGGCAGUCAUUCGAGUACAAGGGUUUUGGUUCCUAGGAUGAGUAUGACGCCUUCAGAUCCAAGGUUACCAUUUAAGUUUAAUAGAAGACAAUUCCAUUUAAUGUUGUCAUAUGCUAUGACCAUCAACAAAAGUUAA